GGAGCGCGGCGGCGGGGCUGCCCGCGGGUGCGUGGGCGGCCGCUCUGCGGAGGCGGGAGAAGGUGCUGAACCGGUGCGGGGGGGGGGGCAGUUCGGGAGGGCCCCCGAGGAGCUGGCGGCGCUGGGACAGGCACCGCGCGUCUCUGCCGGCCCCUGCCCUCGUCGUCCUCCCGCCCGCCGGUUUUGCCCGGGGGCAGGAGCCCGCGGGGACGCCGGUGCCCGGGAGGGGCCGGGGCGGAGCCGCCGCAGCCCCCGGGCCGGGAGGGCCGGGCUGCCGCGGGGGGCAGCGGGGGCCGGCCCGCGGGCGGGUGGGCGCCGCAGCGGGGACGCCAACGGGGAGGCGGCCGCAGGAUCUGCCCCAGCCUCUCCGCCGCCAGGCUCCAUGCGGGACCGCGCCGGCCAUGGAGAAGUUGUACUUCGCGGGGAGCGGCGUGUGGACCGUCAACGGCUCCCUGGGGAACGGCAGCCUGCGCCUGGAGAACCAGAGCGCCGGCAGGAACAGCACCGCCGACCCCCUGAAGAGGAACGAGGACAUGGCCAAGGUGGAGGUGACCGUCCUCUGCCUCAUCCUGUUCCUCGCCCUGACCGGCAACCUGUGUGUGCUGCUGGCCAUCCACACCACCCGGCAGAAGCACUCCCGCAUGUACUUCUUCAUGAAGCACCUGAGCAUCGCUGACCUGGUGGUGGCCAUCUUCCAGGUGCUGCCCCAGCUCAUCUGGGACAUCACCUUCAGGUUUUACGGGCCAGAUUUCCUUUGCCGGUUGAUCAAGUACUUGCAGGUAGUGGGGAUGUUUGCUUCAACCUACAUGCUCUUGCUGAUGUCCCUGGAUCGGUGCUUGGCCAUCUGUCAGCCACUGAGGUCUCUGCACAGGAGAGCGGACCGCGUCUCUGUCCUCCUCACCUGGCUGCUGUGCCUGCUGGUCAGCAUUCCUCAGAUCCACAUAUUUUCUCUGAGGGAUGUGGGGAAUGGGGUUUAUGACUGUUGGGCAGAUUUCAUCCAGCCCUGGGGACCUAAAGCCUAUGUCACUUGGAUAACCCUCAUGGUCUACAUCAUCCCUGUGUUGAUGCUGAGCAUCUGCUAUGGCUUAAUCAGCUUCAAAAUCUGGCAGAAUGUGAAGCUUAAGACGGCUCAUGGGCCCAACGUGGCUCUGAGCUCCAGCUCCUGCAGUGGAACAGCGUUUACCAGGGUCAGCAGCAUCAGGCUCAUCUCCAAAGCCAAGAUCCGGACAGUCAAAAUGACUUUCAUCAUAGUGUUAGCUUUCAUAGUGUGCUGGACUCCCUUUUUCUUUGUGCAGAUGUGGUCUGUGUGGGAUACGAAUGCUCCGCAGGAAGCCUCCCCCUUCAUCAUCGCCAUGCUCCUGGCCAGCCUCAACAGCUGCUGCAACCCCUGGAUCUACAUGCUGUACACGGGGCACCUCUUCCACGACCUGAUGCAGCGCUUCCUCUGCUGCUCCACACGCUACCUGAAGUCGCGGCCGGCAUGCGACCUGAGCGUCAGCAAGAAGAGCAACUCCUCCUCCUUUGUCCUCAGCUGCAAGAGCACGAGCCAGAGGAGCUUCAUGCAUCCGUCCAUGACGUGAGAGAAGUGCCAGCUGGGACCUUGCACCACCGCCGUGCUGCCUCCAGCACUUCCCUGUGAAGAGCUAGGGUUCGGACAAGCAAGGAGGGGGUCUAUAUAAAUAGGUGUAUAUAUGUCUGUGCGUGUGCAAGCAUGUCCAGCGGUUAUUAUUGAACUGAGGCGGGAGUGGGGGGAGGACUCCUUUGGUCCAAGUUUCAGUGCUGCCUGGGACUGGACAGCAGGAACCUGCUUCUGAGCCCCCAAACCACUGACAUCAGUGGCUUUUAGAUACCACUGGGAGGGACAGGUUUUGCCCCCAACAGUCCUGCACUGCAGGAGUGGAUGCUCUACGUCUUUUAGCCCCGUCCCCGCAUCCCUGCACAGUGCCAGCCCUGCUUCUCGCAGCCUGGGCCAGUGGCAGCGCUGGUGGCACAGAGUGGGGCAGUCCUGCUGCCAGAGGCUGGGAGGGCAGCAGGGACAGGCCUGGGGACAAACCUCCGAGGGGACAAUGCUGAGGCCUGGGUGUGUGUCCCCGCAGCUGUGCUCUGUGUCUGUGUGAGGCUGUGUGCAUGGGUCAGCCUGGGGAGCGGACACAACUGCAGGGCCAGGGGAUCUGUGCAAUAACAGGUUUGCUGAGUGUGCUGAAAAGCUUCUCCAAAGGCAGGCAUGUGGGAUUACAGCUGGACUCCAUGGGCUUUAACAGGGAAACUCCUUCUGAGUCCCCCGAGGCCGAGCUUUUGCUUUGGGUUUACCGCAGAUCGUAUUUAGUCUUUUACACCAAUGCAAUUUUUCUUGCUCUGUAACACACAAGGUCAUGCUCAUGGCAUGGAUUUUUUUAUUGUUAAGAAAUACCUGUAAAUAAAGUUUUCUGACUGUGUCUUGAUGGAAGGCGGGAGGGGAAGUGCAGGAGCACUAGACUAAGAAAAUGAAGGAAACCAAUGGGAAGCAGCGCUUUAAGCACAAGACCCAGGCGUAAGGAUGCUUUUGUUGAUAGAGUACUGCACCAAGCACUUCCGAUGUGCACACUGCUUUAUUCUGUAGCUUGCUGUGGAGUGUGGGACAUCUGGGGUGAUGUGCAGCUCUGGCUGAAGGCAGUGGGAGCUUUCCUGUGAAUUCGGUGGCAGUGGGGUCUGGUGACUGCAGAGGGAUGCUCCUACCUUUGCUCCCAACACCUCCUGUAUCUGCAGCCAGGAGGGAUGUGCAAAAGCAAGACCUGCAUGCGAACGGUUAUAUGGUUUGGCCUUACAUGUUGGGAAUGAAUAUGAAAAAUGCAUUUAAGUGUGUACUUUAUUUUUUCACUGUUAUCAACAGACACAUUUUCACCUUUCAUAACCUGGCAUUCCUUUGUUUUUUUGGUAGUAGCUUCAAGUGAGUGCUCAGCACAUUUGCUGAAUAUGACACAGCAUGUUCCAUCUCAGCAUGUUUUGCCAGGCUGGUUUAAAUCCUGAGGAAAGCCUAUAGCAUUUUCCUCCCACGUUCACCUUCUUUCUCCUUGAGAGUAAUUAGCUCCUGCACACAACAAGGAGUGUCCCCCCCAUUUUAUUGUGAACCUGGGGCCCUGGCGCACCCUCCAUCUGCCAAGAAAGAAAUACUAUGUGGCAAUAGAUUUUACUGGGACUGAUGGAAGCUUUAUGGAAGUUUCGGGAGAGGCAGGCAUUGCCUUGCGAGCCCUGGUUGCAAUGCUGGCUGUGGUUACAGGGUCAGGCAGGCAGGGCUGUGCCCCCAAGCAUGGGGGUGCUGUGUUCUCCAGCUGAGUGAUGCUGCAGCCCAUGUCCAAGCUCCCGUGCCUUGCCCGGGCUGCAGUGAAAUGGGGAUGGGAGGAGGAGCUCCAGGUUUGUUGCAGUGGAAGGAUGUUGAAUGCACUGAUAAAAUAUGUUUCAUAAGGGUUAAAAGUGAAAUAGGGAUGCUGAGAUGUGAGUGGUGUGUGCUCCGUGUGCGGGGACCCCAUAGAUCGCUGUGGUGGGGAGAUUGGAAUUUUGGAGGUCUUUUUGGGUUCAGGCUGUGAACUACUAGAACAGUACCAACAAAAAAAUUAAAA